AUGGAUCUCCUGAUGGACAUUGCUGCGACGCGAAAACGAUUGCGGAAGCUUCGCAUUGCACUCGAUUCACAUUCCCAUAACCAGUCGUUUGGUGCUCCCGACGAGGGCGGAACAGAGAGCACUGCUGCGAUGACGCAGCUACUAGAAGAAGCGCAAGCAGUGGAAGCAAAACUCGAGCUGUUGUUAGCUCGGUCUCCAGCAGCGAGACUUCAGAAAAAGUGUGCCGAUUUCUUCCCCACGUUGCUGCAAGCCCUGGAUGUUCGCGGGGCGAGUGGGUUCUCCGAGCUGCAGGGUCUUGGCUACUUCCCGAUGGAUCAGCCCACGUUUCUGGCGCUUCAGACCUUCGUCAACGGUCUACAAGCCGAAUUGGAGCUUUCAGAUACAAGCACUGAGGAAGCGGCGCUGUUUUUCAAGGGGAAUCUUUUGUGGAGCUCUAUGGAAACCACUACAAUGCACAUGCUGUAUAACUUCCUUCGACUUCGCGAAGAGCGCGGGAUGACCAUGCUUCGUGAUGACGCCCAAGCUUUUGAUGAACCAUACUCACGAAACACGCCGGAUACGGAUAGCUCUCAACUGUGGAUGUCCAACGCGUACGAUGACACUUUCCUCCCUGUUUGGUCAAGUAAGCUCUCGUAUGCGGAAUGCGACGCAGUCGCUCACUCACAAGACGGACCGCCUCACUUGCGCCGAGCAGCCCGGUCACUGCAUAAGCAACACCCGGUCUCAUUAUCAACAUUUUUUUCAGGAGUGCCGCCUUUAUCAGGUGGAGCUCCCACCUCCUCUACUCUUGCCGCUGACUCUUCACCGUUUGGGUCACCGUCGCAUUCACCCGCGGCAUCGUCACGGUUAGCCCCACCGCGGAGUACCGGGGCAAGCCCGAGCAGCUCGAAAAGUGCCAUCAAGGCGCGAGCUCGCUCCAUCGCCUUCCGCAACGCUGGGCUAUUGCUGAAGAAUGGCUGCUUUUCCAAGCUACAACUUGCAAACCGAGCCAGGAUACCUGAAACGGGGAGAGCAGGUCAUCGAGUUGUGGUGUGGCACGAAGCGGACCUCACGAUGGUUAUUGUCUUGCGUACCGAGGCGAUGAUGGUCGGUGCAACUGAAACAGACUCGAAAGGCAUCCAUGCCGGCACCCUUGAGCGUUUGGAAAAUUAUCUUGACGGCCAGCAGCGGUUUCAGAGCCUGGCUGAGCUCGUUUUCUCGCGAUACAACGCCACCUUCGCCCCCAAGAAGAAUGCGCCAAACAUUCAUCCGAUGCCGCCUUUCCUGUACAUCAACCGCGUCAACCUGGCGUUCAGAAUGCAACAGGUGCCGCGGCUGCUCAAAAGCAAGGACGACGAUCUCUUCCCGGUGCCUGCAAAGUUGCUGGCGCACUACUUUCCAUCUUCCACGAUGGCGAUAGUCAACGAAUUGCACGCCGAGUUACACCGGUGUUCGAGCGCAGGCAACCGCGAAAUCUGCAUCCGCACGCGCCACGCUGGCUGGGUGCUCGCCAAGAAGUCGGAGACUUCGCACCGCGAGAUGUACGUCUUCUUCGACAGCAAGAUCUCGUCAGUCUACGAACUAUCAGAUUCGCUACAGAUGCUGCUGCAUGACCAGUUUGGUAAUGUAUUGUUCUAG